AUGGAUGGAGGAAAGCGGAAAAGAAGUGUCUGUGCCAACCGAGAGCCGGAGGCGCAACAGAAAAUGGUGAAAGAUAAGAAAAUCAAGGAUAUCCCCGAGCGAGUGACACUCAAGAAAGAAAUAGGACUUCUCAGUGCUUGCACCAUCAUCAUAGGAAACAUCAUUGGCUCGGGAAUUUUCAUCUCGCCAAAGGGUGUUCUAGAACACUCGGGGUCAGUGGGUCUGGCGUUGCUGGUGUGGGUCUCAGGAGGGGGCAUCGCGGCCCUUGGGUCUCUGUGCUAUGCUGAGUUGGGGGUCACCAUCCCCAAGUCUGGGGGGGACUACUCCUACGUCACAGAGAUCUUUGGAGGUCUGAUUGGGUUUCUGCUGCUGUGGAGUGCUGUGCUCAUCAUGUACCCCACCACACUGGCAGUCAUCGCCCUCACCUUCUCCAACUAUGUGCUGCAGCCUGUCUUCCCUGAGUGUGUUCCCCCCUACGUUGCCACACGGAUGCUCUCCACCACCUGUAUACUGUUCCUCACUUGGGUCAACUGCUUCAGUGUGCGUAUGGCCACCCGUAUUCAGGACAUCUUCACAGUGGGCAAGCUGAUGGCUCUGGGCCUCAUCAUUGUGGUAGGGCUGGUGCAGAUCUGUAAAGGCAACUAUGAGGGCUUAACUCCACAUGUGGCCUUUGAAUUUUUCAAGAGUCCGACAGUGGGGGAGAUCGCCCUGGCUUUCCUCCAGGCCUCCUUUGCCUUCAGUGGGUGGAACUUCCUUAACUAUGUGACCGAGGAAGUGGUGGAACCACGCAGGAACCUUCCCCGUGCCAUUUACAUCUCCAUUCCACUGGUGACCUUUGUUUACACGCUCACCAACAUCGCCUACUUCUCCUCCAUGUCCCCCGAGGAGCUGCUGGCAUCCAAUGCUGUGGCUGUCACUUUCGGGGAGAAGCUCCUGGGCAUGUUCUCCACGAUCAUGCCCAUCUCCGUGGCUCUGUCCACAUUUGGGGGCAUCAACGGCUACCUCUUCACCUCCUCCAGGCUGUGUUUCUCAGGUGCAAGAGAGGGACACCUGCCCAGUCUACUGGCCAUGAUCCAUUUCAGGAGCUGUACACCCAUCCCAGCCCUCCUAGUCUCUUGCACAGCCUCAAUUGUCAUCUUGUGCAUCGGGGAGACUCAUAACCUGAUCAACUAUGUGUCUUUUAUUAACUACCUCUCUUAUGGGGUCACCAUUGCUGGUCUUCUGUACUACAGAUGGAAAAAGCCAAACCUCUUUAGGCCCAUCAAGGUAAACCUGAUUGUUCCAAUCACGUACCUGCUGUUCUGGGCCCUCCUGCUGGGGUUCAGCCUUCACUCGGAGCCCAUAGUGUGUGGUGUGGGCCUGGUCAUCAUGCUCACUGGAGUGCCUGUCUACUUCCUGGGGGUCCACUGGAAAGAAAAGCCCAAGUGUAUCUAUGAUUUCAUUGAGUGGACCACCUACCUGGGACAGAAAUUGUUUUUUGUGGUCUUCCCACAAUUUGACCCUAUUGUUAUUGCAACAACUCCCACUGACUGGACAGACAAAUCCUCUGCUACAAGCAAUGCCUCUGGGACUUUUUGAGGUGUUUCAUUUUGGACACUUUCUUUAUGUUUUUUUUUUUAUAUGGAUCUGUUUCAAACGUAAAACCAUAGACACUUGUACCCCAGUUUAUAUAAUAAAUAUCUUCUGAAUUGCACAAGCACACGUUAAGUUUGGACCUAGGGGCAAACAUAGCACCUCACUAUUUUUGUACCCUGAUAUGAGAUUCUAGCCAAGCAAUCACAUUGAUGAUGUGUAGCUAUCUGUUCCCAAGAAAAAAAGGAUAAAUACAUGCACACUUAAUUUUAUGCCACCAAUGUGCAAGACUUUAGCCCUUCACAUCCUCAUCCAGGAAGACCUAAUAGAAACAUUUUGGAAGCGUAACAUGACAUGCAUUCAUCUUUUUUAUCGCUUCACCCUGGCCAACAAUACAUAGUUUUGGUUUUGAAUGUUAACACCUUUUUCAGUGUUUUCUAGAUGUGUCCCCUGCUUUUCAGCCUCCCCACCUUUAUUGAUAUUGACAAAUAAUGACUUACUGUGCCUUAUUAAGUGUAACCUGCCCAGUGUUCACUGUGAACAUAAAAAAUACAGGCAUAAUAUGAAGUCUACUCAUUCACUUCCUUACCAUGUAAAACAUGGGGCAGCUGUUCUCUACGAUACCUGCCAAGGAAUGGCAUAAACACUGCUUAACCCACUCAAACUACUUAACACUUGGAAAUGUUAUGAAUGCCACCUUCAUUGUUGCACUUUUAAUGCUUUUAUCUAACAUAUAGUAACUAUUUAUGUGUAAUUUGUGUCAAAUUGUUUUACCAUUUUCCUGUUGUACAAACACAUCUUAUAUGUCCAGAAUCAGGUGAUACAUUUAAGCACAAUUACUUUUUUUAUUUCUAAUAAUGUAAUCUAAAUUGGCUCAUGUAGAAGAAUCAUUAGAUUAGUGUAUAUUAUGUAUUUAUCACAUUUUUUCUUUCUUUCUUUUUUUUUUUUUUACCAAAUUUGACCAUUCAUUUCUGCUGUGCCAGGAGUUAUUGAAUCUCUCUGCUGCAGGUUACACAUGGAGCACUGUCGCAAUUACUAAUGUUGCAAACCACAUGUUCUUAUUGUUACGAAACAAUACUUUAUUUUACAAAAGUUUGUUUCUUUUGUAUAUAUCUAUAUCUAUACAGCACCUCCACAUUUAUUGGCAGCAUGGAAAAGACAAGUAGAAAGUGGUAUCAAAAGAUCAUCUGUUGGUCUUCUGUCUUAGUCUCAAAAUACAACUUGGAGGGGAAGCAAAUUUAUUCUGAGAAGAAAAAAAUCCUCAAGAAACCCAGUCAUGGGUUCUUUUCCAGGCAAGUUUCUAACCAUUUUAUUGCUUUAACUGUAAAUAAUUUUCAGGCAAGUGUUUUACAUACUCAUUUCCUGACUAGCAAGGUCAAUACUUCCCCUUACUUGAAUUCUUGUUGUAUGUUGAAGAAGGAUGUUUGACCUUGGUGAAACCUUACCUUAAUGAAACAAAAUCAUGGAUUACUGCUUGGCGGUUAAAAUGCAUUCUGAUUGCCUUAAAAAAGUUAAAAUGUAAAUGGGAGAAAAUCAGUUACAUUUUAUUUAUAUGAUUGUCUAGGGAUGCCAAUAAUUGUGGCACAUGUUAUUUUGUUCAAAUUCGCUUUCCUUCAAGGUUAAUUUUGUCCUCGUUGUUUUCAAUAGGCCUACUAAUCUUUAUGGGGUACCAAUAAAUGUGGAGGCCACUGUAGGCUAUAUUGUGCAAUUCAAUCGUUAUUAAAAAGAAACAGUAUCUGUGUCCUAAUGCAAGGAGACAUAUUGACAAAUGAUUAUUCAGACACAUUCUGCCAGUGUGAAACCGUGGUAGGCCUCUAUACAAUAAAAACAAUUCUCAGACACUUGUUAGUGAAUGCCUCAAAAAGUGCUGUGGCAUUGAUUGAGUGUGUGUAUUUCUCCUAUGCAGAUUUUCAAGAAUCAGUGUAUGUGGUUAAAUAAACUUUGCAUUAUAAAUUAUUGUAUUGCAAACACUCUCAAAGGACGUGUUUAACUGGUUUAGGCAACUCUAACAAGUUUAUAUUUUUUCACUGAGGACAGGAAUAAC